AUAGAAAACAUAAACAAACACUGCUCAAGUUGUUUCAGCAUUUUUGUGAUAAACGAAUAAUCACAUUCAACACUACCGCUAUGGAGAACAUACUGGAACCGAGCAGCUCGGACGACAACAUGCCAUCGGAUAAUAAGAAAGAUCUGCAAUCACUGCUCUCGUCAGAAGAUGACUUCUUCGAUCCACCGCCAUCGUCCAGCCGACGAGACUCGUCUGGGAAUGAAGAUAAACCGGACCUGCAGACGGAAUUUGAGGACAUCAUAAUGCCCGAAAUGGGACACGACAACAGUAUACCAAUGCUGGUGAAGGAACAGAAAGAUCGCGAGCGUGAUAAACGCAAGGAAACCAAAAGCAAACGUGAGCUAGAGGAAGAAGAGCUUGAAAAGAUGCAGGUGCUCGUUUCCAACUUUACCGAAGGACAGUUGGAUCGGUAUGAAAUGUAUCGCCGGGCUGCAUUUCCCAAGGCGGCCGUAAAGCGUCUGAUGCAAACCAUUACGGGGUGUUCGGUUUCGCAGAAUGUUGUGAUUGCCAUGUCCGGUAUAGCGAAAGUCUUCGUAGGCGAAGUCGUUGAAGAGGCUCUGGAUGUGAUGGAACGGGCUGGCGAAACCGGUGCCAUUCAACCGAAGUAUUUACGCGAAGCGGUUCGGCGACUGAGAAACCGUGGACACAUCCCAACCGGGCGCGGUCACAAACAGUUUUUUAAGCUUAAUUAAUUGUACAAGAGUGUAGAUUGUAUUCAUUGAGUGCAUUGUUCUAUAAGCAUGAUUUUUAAUCGACAUUAUAUUUCCAACUGCAUGGAUGACGAAAUACAAGGACGCGAUUGUUCAUGUGAUACU